GUCAGUGUGGCGUGCUGUGCUGUGUAUGGUGGAGCGAAUACCAUUUUAUUUUGUUUGCGAACACUGUAUAAGUAAAUUGGUAGUUUCGUUGCCGGUUCUGGAAAAUUUUAUAAGCUAAACAAUCAUGGCGGUCAAAAACGACGCAGAAACAUUAGAGAAAAUGAAACUUCUAGAAGAAAGGAUAAAGGCUCCGUCCAUAUGGGGCCGGGUUCCUUGUGGGAUCAGGUUUGAAGACCUUCAGGAUAGAAGAUAUGAUGACGCUGUACGAUUACUGAAGAAACACUAUUUGUCUGAAGAGAUUACAUACAGAUCUGUGAAAAUAGUAGAUGAUAAAGAGGGGACGGAUGAGUUUGUACAUAAUGUCAGGAUUUGGAUGAAAGACAAGAUGUCCAUCGCUGCUGUUAAAGAAGGAACUGAUAAACUGGUUGGAGUACUUAUUAUGAGGAUUCAGGAGAAAACUGCCUUCUCAAGGACAUUCAGCCGCGUCAAGUUAACCCACAACCCCCUGUAUUCCACUGUGAUGAAGUUCUACAAUGAAAUUGAGAAGCCAGUUUGUGUCUUCGAUAGAUUGGGCGUCAAGAGAUACUUCAAGAUUUAUAUUGUCGCUUUGAAGAACAGGUAUAGGCAUCGAGGCAUCGCAAAAGAGAUGUUAAAAGCAGCAACGUUACUAAGUGCAAGCGCUGGUGUGGCCGGGAUCUGUGGUAUAUUCACAACAGCGAGAUUGCACACAGUCGCCCAAGAAUUAGGCUUCACGAAACUGAACGAAAUUUACUAUGUGCGGUACCUGAUUGAUGGGGAGAUUGUCUUCUGGGACACCGGGCUCGGUAACUAUGGAGCAGCGAUCAUGGCGCUUCGUAUACCAAACGUGGAAGAAGUCCAAGAGUUGCAGACUCAGCACUCGUCCAGGUUCAAUAUUCCUAUCAAAAUGGAUGAUGAGGAGACUGAGGAGGAUAAAGCACAAACUCCCGCGCCAUCUGAUGCUGCAGACACUGCUACUACCAAAUCUGAAGCGACGCCAAAGAAAUAAAUUGUUGAUUGAUA